AGAGUGGUCAUGAAUUUGAAUCACAAGGUGUUGAACAUAGUAGUGCCUCUAGUAACACUCACUGGAUUGGUUUUCUUUCUACCACCCUUUCUGAUUUACAAGUUUCUCUGUUUCGUAUAUCGAUCCAAAUCCAUUGAAAAUGUCGCUGGAAAAGUCGUCCUCAUCACCGGAGCAUCUUCAGGAAUUGGCGAGCAUUUGGCUUAUGAGUAUGGUAGGAAAGGAGCUCGUUUGGCAUUGGCAGCCAGAAGAGAGGACCGUCUUCGUGCAGUGGUGGAUAAAGCUCGACGGUUAGGGUCUCCUGAUGCCAUUAUGAUCCUAGCUGAUGUUUCAAAGCUUGAAGACUGUAACCGACUUGUUAAUGGCACUGUGAAUCACUUUGGUCAAUUGGACCAUUUGGUGAACAAUGCCGGGAUUACACAAGCUGGAUUGUUUGAAGAUUGUAACGAGUUCUCUUAUCUGAAAUCAAUUAUGGACAUUAAUUUCUGGGGGUCAGUGUAUUGCACCAAAUUUGCAGUUCCAUACUUAAGAAAAAGCAAAGGCAAGAUUGUUGUGAUUUCUUCAUCUGCAACAUGGUUUUCUACACCAAGGUUGAGUUUCUACAAUGCAAGCAAGGCAGCCCAGACGUGCUUCUUCGAGACAUUGAGGGCUGAAUUUGGUUCUGAUAUGGGGAUUACGAUUGUGAGUCCUGGAGUGGUCGAGUCUGAAAUGACAGGAACCCCCCAGUUUCAAUCUCAAGUUGGUUCAGAUAUGAUGCCAUAUCAGUCAACAGAAGUGUGCGCGAAGGCAAUUGUGGACAGUGCUUGCCGUGGAGACAUGGACUUGAUGGAGCCGUCUUGGAUUCGGGUCGCAUUUUGGCUUAGGGUUCUCUGUCCUCAGCUACUCGAGAGCAUUACCCAUUCGAACUCAAUCAAAAGGCCAAGGACUACCUCAAACAAAGAUAAUUAGGAGCGAGCUAGAAACCCUUUUAAUCAAUGUAUAAUAAGUAAAAGUAUACGAAUGCCCUUGAUUAGUAGAUCGAAUAGGGCAGCUCUAGUCCUAUAUAUAUUGUUUUUGAUCAAGUUAUCUCAAUCUUCUUGUAGGGAAUGUGUGCAAAUGAAGGAAAUUUUGGAAAUAUUUAUUGUCCUAGCCUUGUUGAUAUAUGUAGUUCCAUAUAUUAGUUCUCUUUCAAGCGGUGGUG